AGCAGGGAAGAGAGACUGGCUAGCCCUGGUGGCUGAGCUUCUGUUGAGGUCAGGAAGAAUGCACUUAUCCCAUGUUGGCAUCAGCAAACUCUGCUUCUUGCUCUCUUUGGCACUGUGUGCCCUCUUGUUGUUACUGAUACCAACCCUGCAGCCACCAAAACGUCAGGGGGACCUCCCCCAACCCCGACCCCAUUCUAGACCCUCCAAUUCGGGACAAGGGCACCAAAUGCCUCCCCGUAGUGACCUGGAGAACAGUAGCUCCCUAAGCCAUGGAAAAUACGGAGAUGCCAAGGGUUUUCACUCCACCCGUCCACCUACUCUCAGGGGCAAAAAUAAAAGCCAACAGGAGGUUCUUGGAGAGGCUGUUGCUCAUGCUGGCUCUGCUGGAUCUCGUUCCAAAGACCCUUUGGAACUAAAAGACAUUUUUAUAGCCAUAAAAACAACCAGAAAGUAUCACAAGAGUCGCUUGGAGCUACUUUUCCAGACAUGGAUUUCCAAAGCAAAGGAGCAGGCGUUUAUCUUCACAGAUGGAGAGGAUAAGGGGUUAAGGCAGAAAGCAGGAGUUAAUCUUAUCAACACCAACUGUUCCGCAGCACACACUCGACAAGCCCUGUGUUGCAAGAUGUCUGUGGAGUAUGACAAGUUUAUCGAAUCUCAAAAAAAGUGGUUUUGCCACGUCGAUGAUGACAACUAUGUGAUACUGCCCGGCCUGCUGCGACUGCUCUCCUCCUACUCACACACACAGGACGUGUACUUGGGCCGGCCCAGUCUCGAUCAUCCCAUCCAGGCUGCAGAGAAAGUCAAGAGCGAUGGAUCGGUUUCGGUGAAGUUCUGGUUUGCCACUGGAGGUGCUGGGUUCUGUAUCAGUCGGGGGCUGGCACUGAAAAUGAGUCCAUGGGCAAGCCUGGGGAACUUUAUCACCACAGCUGAGAAGAUCCGACUCCCUGAUGACUGCACUAUCGGAUACAUCAUUGAAGCACUGCUGGAGGUUCCUCUGACGCACACACACCUUUUCCACUCUCACCUGGAGAACCUGCAGAGACUGCCCAGUGACAGCGUGUUAAACCAGGUGACGCUUAGUUACGGUGGCUUUGAGAACAGGAGGAAUGUGGUCAGUAUUGGAGGAGUCUUCUCCUUGGCAGAGGACCCGUCACGGUUCAAAACAGUACAUUGUCUUCUCUAUCCAGAGACUGAUUGGUGUUCCCACAAAAGUCGCCACUGACUGCUCUGAUGCUGCACAAAACGCUGGAUAGAAGAAAGACACUUUUGAUCUCUUCAGAACUCUGCUCAAAAAGAAUUUUCAGAAGCAGCUGCAUGUGGGCUCGCUUGCUGCUGUUACACUUUGCCACCGUUGUGUGUUUUUGCGUACAGAUUUCUCUGAAAAGCUGUGACAGCAUUAUGUAAUCACACGUUUCUGAUGGAAGGUACCAGAAGUUAACUGAUCAGGUUAUACAGGGUGAUAGUAAUUUAUUAUUGGUCUCCCAACAUUCAUAAGACUUAA